UAAGAGCCACGUUUGUGCUCUCCUGUAAAAACAGGAAGCAGCUUUUGUGUGGACAGUAUUCAGCAGCUGUUAGUUCAGAAGGAGCUGGUGGUUCAGUGAACUGACAGCGGAGGUUCCCGAACAACACUGACCGACAUGAGCGGCACAAAAGAAGUCAGCUUUGAUGCGAAAGAACAUCAGCACCUGCGUUACAAUCCUCUGAGGGACACCUGGGUCCUUGUGUCGGCCCACCGCAUGAAGAGACCCUGGGCAGGUCAAGUAGAAAAACCUCCUGAGGAACACAUACCCAGAUACGACCCCCGCAACCCACUCUGUCCCGGGAACACACGUGCAAAUGGCGAGGUAAAUUCAGACUAUGACAGCACUUUUAUUUUUGAAAAUGACUUCCCCGCUCUGCAGCCAGAUGCUCCAGAUCCUGGUUCAGAUCAACAUCCAUUGUUCCAGUCUAAAGCUGCCAGGGGCAUCUGUAAGGUCAUGUGUUUCCAUCCCUGGUCUGACGUCACGCUCCCUCUUAUGAAACAACAUGAGGUUCUCAAGGUAAUUGACAAGUGGGCAGGGCUUGUUGAAGAACUAGGAACCAAAUACCCCUGGGUUCAGAUCUUUGAGAAUAAAGGAGCUAUGAUGGGUUGUUCAAAUCCACAUCCUCAUUGUCAGGUGUGGGCCAGCAACUUCCUGCCUAAUGAGCCGGCUCUGUCAGACCGCUGUCAGAGAGCAUACUACAAGAAGCAUGGAGAGCCGCUGCUGCUUCAAUACGCCAGACAAGAGGCUGAGAAAAAGGAGCGUGUAGUGGUGGAGAAUUCUGAUUGGCUGGCAGUGGUUCCAUAUUGGGCAACGUGGCCCUACCAGACACUGUUGUUACCACGACGACAUGUCCUUAGAAUCACUGACCUGACAACAGGGGAGAGGGAGGGUUUGGCUGACAUUAUGAAGCGCCUGCUGACCAAGUAUGACAAUCUGUUUGAAAUCUCUUUCCCCUACUCCAUGGGCUGGCACGGAGCCCCGACCGGCCCCCACUUAAAGGAAGACAACUCUCACUGGCAGCUGCACGCUCACUACUACCCUCCUCUGCUACGUUCAGCUACAGUUAAGAAGUUCAUGGUGGGGUAUGAGAUGCUCGCUCAGGAGCAAAGGGACCUGACCCCUGAACAGGCUGCUGAGAAGCUAAGGGACCUCCCAGAAGAGCACUAUAAAACCAGAGAGAACCAGGAAAAAGAAGGAGGAAAUGAGAAAGAAGGUGGAGGAAAGUAAAAGUCCGAGGGAAAUGACCUGUGUGAUGAUAAGAGGGAGGGGGAAAAUUGAAGUGUUUUGGAACAAAACUUCUCUGAACUGGUGCAACAUGUAAAAGUGCCUUUCUGAACACAGGCCUCUGAGAUAUUUUUACUUGCACAAUAUAAAUUAUAUGUAUAUAUUUUGAAUAAAUUUCUGUAUACACAAA